AUGCCUGGGAGAAGGAGCUCCCCUCCCCACUGGAGACACCGUCUGGGGUGCCUCCCCUUGGCCCCUGCCUGCCGGGUCUGGGGACCCCAGUCCCACCGAGCCUGGGAGCCCCCUCGGCCAUCGCCGCUGCUGUGCCAUGACAUGGCCUUGCAGAAUGCCCUGUACACGGGAGACCUGGCGAGGUUGCAGGAGCUGUUCCCCCCGCACAGCACAGCCGACCUGCUGUUGGAGAGCCGGGCUGCCGAGCCUCGCUGGAGCAGCCACCAGAGGGGACUCUGGUCUCUGACAUAUGAAGAGGAGCUGACCACCCCACUGCACGUGGCAGCCAGCCGGGGCCACACAGAAGUUCUACGGCUGCUGCUGAGGCGGCGGGCGAGGCCCGACAGUGCCCCUGGGGGCCGCACCGCCCUGCAUGAUGCCUGUGCUGCCGGCCACGCUGCCUGUGUCCACAUGCUGCUGGUAUCAGGAGCUGACCCCAACAUCCCUGACCAGGAUGGGAAACGUCCCUUGCACCUCUGCCGGGGGGCUGGCACCCUUGAGUGUGCAGAGCUGCUCCUGAGGUUUGGGGCAAAAGUGGAUGGUCGGUCCGAGGAGGAAGAGGAGACCCCUUUGCAUGUGGCUGCCCGGCUUGGCCAUGUGGAGCUGGCAGACCUGCUUCUAAGACGGGGGGCAUGCCCCAAUGCCCGUGAUACUGAAGGCUGGACCCCACUGCUGGCUGCCUGUGACACUCGCUGCACGUCCCCUGCUGAUGCUGAGGCCACCACCACCCGCUGCCUCCAGCUGUGCCGCUUGCUACUCUCGGCUGGAGCAGAUGCCGAUGCUGCCGACCAGGACAGGCGGCGGCCUCUGCACCUGGCCUGUCGCCGGGGCCAUGGGGCUGUCGUGGAGCUGCUCCUGUCCUGUGGUGUCAGUGCCAACGCCAUGGAUUAUGGGGGACACACGGCCCUGCACUGUGCUCUGCAGGGCCCAGCUGCAGCCCUGGCCCAGAGUCCAGAGCACGCAGUGCGGGCUCUGCUCAACCACGGCGCUGUCCGAGUCUGGCCUGGGGCCCUCCCCAAGGUGCUGGAGCGCUGGUGCAUGUCCCCGAGGACUAUCGAGGUUUUGAUGAACACCUACAGUGCCAUGCAACUUCCUGAGGAGGCCAUGGCUCUGGUGCCUCCUGAAAUUCUGCAGAAGCACCACAAUUUCUACUCCUCCCUCUUCGCCUUGGUGAGGCAGCCCAGAUCACUGCAGCAUCUGAGCCGCUGUGCGCUCCGCGCUCACCUGGCAGCCUGCCUGCCCCAUGCCCUGCCCCGCCUUCCCCUGCCACCCCGUCUGCUCCGCUACCUGCAGCUGGAUUUCGAGGAUGUGCUCUACUAG